AUGGCCGACGACGAAACCCCUGUCGUCCUAUCCCCCGAGUUCGAGAAGGCGGCCAAAGAGGUCAAAACGCUCGCCGAGGAGCCAGAUCAGAAGCAGCAACUCAAGCUGUACGCCCUCUAUAAAAUCGGCAGGAAGGAGAAGGCUAGUUCUAGCAUGGCCAAUAUCUUCCGCAGGAGCAUGUACAAUGCAUACAAGGCGGAGACGGAGGUCACAAAGACAGCCGAGGAAGCGCAGAGGAAGUACGUAGAGCUUGUUGAACAGCUCAAGAAAGAGAUUGGAACCAAGUGA